UUAUUUUCCUCUUCCAGUGGGUUAGGUUGCGGCGUCAAAAAUUAUUUACCACAUGGGAUGAGUUCACAAGAGUGACUGACAAUUGUAACAUAACUAAUAGUACUUAACCUAACGCAAACAAACAGAACUCAUGUAUACGAAGAAUCUACCUGUACAGAAUGGCAUUAUAACUACUGAAACGCUUUCCCAGGAUAAAAAGCGUUUUCUUUCCUUUGUAGCGUGUCCGAUGGUCAGCCGCUGCUUCUACCCCACAUAGCUCAGGGUUGUUUACGAACACGUGACAAUCUAGAGUUUAGCUUUUUUAACGUCAAAUAAUCUCUAAUUGUCAGACACGGCAGUAGUAGUCAUGUUGUGUAGUGUCGCUUUGCUCACUAAUGAUUGAUCUUAAAUUGUUACAGCCCAUUUAAUUGACUUAUUCUUUGCAUUUUUUUUUUUUUUUUUAGAAUUUAUAAUUGUCUUUUAUUUGAAAACCUGGACACCACUUACAUUUCUCCUGAAAAAGAAAAAAACAGCAUCUCUUCUGAAUCGCUUUUAAGCAAGCACUGGUAUUCUGCAUAUAUUCACUCAAGUUUGAAAACUACUUUAAUUAGCCAAAAUGUCCGAGAAAGAAGAUAUUAAGAAAAAAAUUCGAGCUUUGCUCAUCUCAUCUCAAAGUGGUGUACCGUUGUUUAAUUUUCUGAAGGAUUACUAUGAUAUCAUCGGUGAACCCCUCAAAUUCCGUGAUCUUGGAUAUUUUGAUUUGGAAGAUUUUCUUUUAGAUAUGCCAGAUGUAGUCGAUGUUGUAAAGGCCGCUGAUGGACAGACCGUAUUAAAACAUGUCACAGCCGACAGUACAAAGCAUAUUGAAAAAUUAGUCGCACGCCAAAAAACAACCGUCACCAAAAAACCACGUGCUAGUAAUAACAGUUAUAAGACCAACGGGUAUUUCCAAUCUGACAGCAUCUCACCUAGCCAUUCUUCUUAUAUUCAAAAAAGGAGUCCAGUUUCUCCAACUUUUGCAAACAGAUUCCGUCCAAACAACAGCAAACAGUUUCGACUUCCUUCCUUACCAAAUUUCAUUAAAAUUCAAAUCCAACAAACUUUAAGGAGUUUUUCUGAGCCAAUUAGUGUCCAUUCUUUUGAUGCUGCUUAUAAAGCAAGGUUUGGCGCUUCUUUAAACUACGAGAAAUGCGGAUUUUGUUCACUGGAUGCAGUUUUACAAGCUAUUCCUGAAAUGGUGAUGGGAAUCUUACAAAGGAAUGGUCAAUAUCACUAUAAAUUGCUGAAACCUCCCUUUAAUAUGGACUUCAGAAAUGGUUCACCCUACUCCCCACAAGAUAACUUUAUUUCACCUUCAAAUGCAUACCAUCAGCCACAUUCACCAAAAAAUUUGGGUUUUAAGACUUCCAUACAAAGACCUGUACCAUUAUUACAGGUACCAACACCAAAACCUUUAAUGCAUAGUCAACCAUUCUAUGCUGCCUUUGGUAGUCCUAACUCUCAAACUAGACAUACCUAUUCCUAUUCAAAUGCUUCCACUUAUGAUGACAAAAUACAUAGAGAUAAUAAAAAAUAUUCACCGAGAAGAGAGUCGUAUAAUUCCUCUGCUGCUAAUCUAGAGAAAAAGAACAAUUCGUCUGAAAGCAAUGAUAUGUUUGACCAAAUAAAUCCUGAAAUUACCUCAAAUAUCAUGAAGAUUCUUGAUUGUAAUCCAGAAGGGCUUUAUUCUUCUAAAUUAUGUUCUGCAUAUCAAAAAUAUCAUGGUUCUGAAUUGGAUUAUCGAGAUAUGGGCUUCCUAAGUGUAAUAGAUUUAGUUUCCAAAUUGGACGCAAUCCACAUUGUGAGGCCUGCUGGCAGUGGGGAUUGGAUCUUGUAUGAUACUAAAAAAUCUAAAGAAACUGCAGAGAAGUUGGCAAAUCAGUUGCAUUCUCUUGAGUUAAAUAAAAAUAAGCUAAUCAAAGAAAGAGAAAAAGAAGUCCGAUUAAGCAUUUCCAAAAUGAUGGAAUCUUUUCCAAAUGGACUAAAUCUAGAUUGCUUUAUGGAGAACUACAAGGCAACAACAGGGUCAGAAUUUCAACCUUCAGAUGUUGGUUAUAAAAGCCUGGAGAGCUACAUACUCUCGCUGGCCAAUAAUAUUAUUGAAAUAAGUUACUCUGGAAAUGCAUGUUUGACCAUAAAAUCUGCAAAAAAAUACAACUCUAAAGAAAAUCAGCAACCUAUUCAACAACUUAUUCCAAAACAUUCUGUGAAUCCUCCCCAGUCUUUAGCCAUUACAUCCUUACCAGAAGAUGCUGUUGGUCCUGGUGUGGCAUAUCGACUUCUUGAUAUCCCAAAUAACAUCCAUUUUGUUGAAGUGUUUGUUAGCAACAUUGAAAACCCAGGACAUUUUUGGUUGAAAUUCCGAGGAAAAGCAUACUCUGUUGCUUUGGAGAAUUUGAUGGAUGAACUUGAAUUAUUAUAUUAUUCCUCUGAUGCUGAUGCCUAUCAUGUUCCAGAUGAAUUCAUUUGUGUAGGCUUAGUAGCAGCAGCUAUAUAUCCCGAAGAUCAAAAUUGGCAUAGAGUUUAUAUUACGAAAGUACCAAAUGUAUCCUUUGUUGAGGUGUAUUUUGUUGACUAUGGCAAUACUUGCACAGUCUCUCGCAACUCUCUACGCUUACUUCGAAACCAUUUCUUAAGUCUACCAAUGCAAGCAAUAGAAGGAAGAUUAGCAAAUGUAAAACCAAUUAAUGAUGAAUGGAGCACAAAAGCCAGGAACCGUAUGUUAUCUCUGUGUUUCAACAAACCACUAAUUGCUCUUGUUAUACAAGUGAAGGACCGUGUAAUGUCUGUCUGUCUGACAGAUACUUCUGACAACAAAAUUGACAUUCAUAUUAAUGAUGUCCUUGUGGCUGAAAAAUACUGUAUAUUUUAUCCUGAUGACAAUGAUCCUGACACAGAUAGAUGCAGUCUGCCAGAAGGCACAAAUAAAAGAAUGCCAACAAAUACUUAUAUAGGCUAUCAACAUGAGCCAGUUCUUCCUCAACAAACCCCAGAAUGGUUUCCACAUACAGUCUACCUACAGUCUUUGGUUGCACUGUUAUUUCAGAAUCGUCCAAAACCUGAAAUUUCUGGCAUCUCGGAAGAAAAUAUUUUUUCUGAAAUUACCAAGGAUUCUCUGGAUCAAUCUGUCAGUCCUAGUCAUAAACAAUAUGACAUUACAACGACAUUACAACAGCAGAUCGAAUACCAUAAAACUUCAAACUGCAAAGUAAAUGGUAUACAAGGAAAGAUGCAUUCAGAAACAACCAAUAUUAAUCCUGGGUCUCUUGCCACAGGCACAUGUGAAGAUAAGAUCAAUAGAGAACCUUCACGAACAGAGCCAGACAACAAAUUACCUCCUCCGAUUAACAAAUGUUCAAAAAGUGAAGUGGUUGUGCGUCCUACAAGUAUUUCUACUAUGCCGAUUACCAAUUCUAUAUGCAAAGUAAAUAUGAAUCCUGGCAAUUUCUUAUCAAACAACCUACAUACCUCAGACAUCUCAAAAGAAUACCCUAUUAGUCAAGGAAAUAACUUAAAGCCAUUUGUUCAAAGAAUAGAACUCACUCCUGAAAUUGCAAUCCACCUCUUCAAUUUCAAUGGAACUGCCUGUAUCUCAAGCUGUGAACUUUCAUCUUUCUUCUGGAAGAUUGACAUUAUACGAACAAUGCUUAGACGUGUAAAUCUUGGAAUCUCAAAAGUUAUAAUCUGUGAAGAAGAUUACGAAGAAUUGUUUAAGGAACUAGAAAAGAUUAACUUUAGUGGUUUGAAAUCUGGCGAUGAACAUAAAGAUUGGUUGACUUUGUUCCGGCUUGAAGAUGUCCCUCUGGUUUUAGAAACUUUUUGUCAUCCUUCUGCUGAGUUAAAAGCAGCUGUUUACAAAGCAAUCCAAGAGUUUGAGCCAGAUGAUAAUUUUUGGAAAAAUAACAUUGCAAGGAGUUCUCUCAAGAAAGUGUCUGAUAACUCAACUCUUAAUAUAGUAAAAUGUACUUCACCUGUCCCCAUCCCUACAAAUAAACUCUCAAAUCAAGUCCAGCAUCUCUCCGUCAAAAAUAAGGGACAAUUGAAUUUGAGUAAGUCUGCUUCCCCUCCUAGUCUUCGGUCACAAUGGAGCUCUCCUUCCCAAGAAAUCAAAUUUAAAGCUGGCUCUCUGGAGGCUGUACCUUGGCUGCGCCAUUCCAGUGCUUCAGGAGAAGACAUGAAGACCAUCAAUUACAAUUUGACUAUUUUCCAUAAGCAAAGACAACGAAUUUUAAACAGAUUAAUGAAAGAUCCCAAUGAUUAUGAAAACUGUGUAAAAGAAUUAGAAGAUGUUGAAGAUAAAUUACAGAAGUUGAAUGAACUACUAAUUAAACUCAGUCCCACUGUUGAAAACCGUGACCCACCUGGAAGAUCCCAUUCACCGUACCACCAAAGCCAGUCUAACCACAGUGGCUCCCCAUCAAGUAGUCGGGGUCUUUCUCCAAGAGAUACACGAUCAACAUCUCGUUCACCCAGUUCGUCUCCGGUUCCUGAAAAUGUUCCUUUGACUCCCAAAAUUCUCAAUCAGAUGUUAGAUUCCCAGUAUGCUGCUAUGUUUGCUGCUUCUGGAGCAGCAGUAGCAUCCAAUGAACACUUUCUUGCUGUUGGUCAGAAUUCAUAUUCUAGUGGACAUCCUUUUAGCAACAAUUCAUCCCAACUUUCUGAAAGACCUUAUAAACUGUGCUGCAGCCCAACUGCAAGAAACAAUUCUAACAAGCUUUCACCUUUACUCUUACCUGGUUCUAGAAUGUUUAAGGUUUUCCAAUAUAUGCUAAACCUACCUGUAAUAGAUAAUCUUUUGGAAUUGCAAUAAAACCCUGAACAGCAAAACAGUUGAUAGAAAACCAAAUGAGUGGGAAUCAUUACUGACUGAGAAUGUGCAGAAAAGUAACAAUGAGAAACUUAUCUGAGUAAAUUUUUUGCUUGAAGAAAAAAAAAAUUAAUUUUUCAAUUUUGAAAUUUUAAAAUAGAUACAUCAAUUAAAUCAAAUCAUGGUAUAUAUCUGUUAAUUUUAUGCUUCUAUGUUCUCUAUUAAUGUACAGAAUAUGUUAAAUCAUUUCAGUUAAAACUAUAGAUUUUAUUUUAGCACAAAGUAUUAUUUUGUAUGCUUUUGAAAAUUUGUAAGACAGACUUUGAUUUAUUGUUAACUUACUAUAAUGUUAGAAUUUUAAAACUAUUAUCUUCAUUAUUAUAUUCUUUUCAAUUUGUGACAAAUUCCAUAGAGAAAUAAUUUGAUUACUUUAACAAGCUGUUGUUGAUACAAGUUAUGUUUGGAUUAAAAGUUUCAGUUGGCUUUACAUUUUGUAUGAUGAAACAGAAAGGAAAAUAUUCUUAAUAUUUUUGUAGAAUACUAUCAAUUUUUUCUUGUCACUUCUUUUCCCCUGAAAAUAUAUUAAACAAUCAUUUUCUAAUCAAAAUUUUUUGUCCACUCCUCUCAUUUUCAUGCUUUUAAACAUGUUCUUAUUUACUUCAUUUAUUGCAUCUCCAGGUUGUAUCAACAAGACACUUUGAAGUUCAUUAUAAACAUGUAAAUUUAGUGAUUUUGAUAAGCCUUUGAAAAUUCAUAAUGUAUGUGUGAGAUUUUUUUUUUUUUUUUUUUUUUUGUUAAACACAGAUUUAAGUAUCAUUUAAUAAUGAAUAAUUUGGUCUGGCUGUGACUUAACAUUUGUUAUCUUAGAAUGGCAGUUUUAUAUUGUAAAUUUUGCAAAUCACAAUUAUUAUUCAAACUUGGUUUACUGGUACUCUGGGAUGACAUAAUUUUGUUUUGCUGGUAAACUUCCUCUUUAAAAAAAAUUCAUUCUAAGGUCAUUUCAUGUAAAAACACUGGUGGGCAAUUGUCUUUCAUGUUAAUUUAAUUAUUUUGCUAUUUCUUGUUAUAUUAGAAAUUAUUCCUGAAGCACUGGCUGAAGCUUGAAAGCUGUGAUAUUCUAAUGUGCCAUUUAAUUAAUUUAAAUGCAAUGUAUUUAUUAAAGUUAAUAUUUUUUACAGAUAACUGUCUCUCUUUGUAUUAGCUGUUAAAAAAAGAAAAAAUAUUUCUACAUAUGUAGCUUUACAUUUUCAAUUUUUUUUAUGUUUCUCACAUUGAUAAAAUGUGUAUUAAAAUUUUUUACUUCAAUUUCUAUUUUUUUUAUUCUAUAUAAAUUACUGUAUUUGUGAAGUUAUCACAAACAACUGCUAUGGAAUGUAAGUGGUAGCAUUACUAAUUUCUGCAAAAAGACCUUAUUUACACCAACCACUGGCAGCUUAUUUUCCAGCUAAUAUAUGCUUAUUUUUUUUAUUAUAAUUUUUCUAAGUAUUUUUUUCCUUUUUUCGCACAAGUGCAUUUGUGUGUAUAAUUUUGAAAUGUUUGGAGAUAAACAGAGAACCAAUUUUCUAAAUUACUUUAAAAUACAUGUUAAUAUCUAGAUAGAACAUCAAAUAAUUUGAUGGUUUAAGUAUUUUCAGUUGAUAAAUAUUUACAUCAAUAGAUGAUGGUAGAUUGUAUAAUGUCAUUGUAAUUGAUAUAAAGCAGUAAUGUAACAUAGUUUUGUCAUACCUAUACUUUUGAUUUUAAAAUAAUAGGGUUAUUUGUCGUAAAAUAGUUUAUCAAAACUUAUCCCCAUCUCCCAAAUUUUUAGCUCAUUUAACUUGGUUCAUAGACCGACUUUGGAAUAAUUUAUUCAGGUUGUUGUAGGUGACAUAAUUGGUGUUGUAAGAAAUACCUCAUGUCAAUUCACCCUCUGUGACUACCUAGAAUGCCAGAGAUGUUACAACUAAAUUUUAUGAAGUACCAAUAACAAUUUAGUCAUUAGGAUAUUUUGCAUCCUUAUCUGAGGAGCAAUAUAACUGUUAAAGUUUCAACCCACAUCCUAAAUUUAUCCUGUAAAAAUAACUUUGUUCCACUGCUUUUUAACUUUUUUAAAAUUAUAAGCAACUAGUGAACAAUUUUACUGUUGAGAAGGGCAGAAAUAUAAAAUUAAGAUUCAACAAUCUAUGCACAUACAUAUAUAUAUGUUUCUCUAAGAUCUUCUUUAGACAACCUUUUGUGUGUCCUUGUAAGAAAUGUUGUAUACUUACAAUGACCAUUUGACAUUGGUCCCUAUCCUUGACAAAAUCAAAUGCUUCUUUGAAUCUAAUUUGGCAUCUUAUUAGAUUAUCAUUAACUUCUAAAACAUAUAACUAGCAAAAGUUCCAUCUACCUGAUCUGUAGCUAGAUUUUUGUAUAUUUUAGAGGGGACAGUUGUAGAAGUUGGUCUUGAAGUAUGUGUAAUGAAAACAAAUCUUUCAAGAUAAAAGCUAAUUGAGCGCUCCACACAAACUAUAAUAUUUUCAUUCGAUGUAUUGCUUACAUAGCUUUCUAGAACAUUGACACUUUUAAUUCAUGGAUUUUGUUAUCAGUGACUAGCUAUUUGUCAUAUUCAGAGGAUUUAGAUGUUGAUCCCUUUUCAUUUGAAAUCUUUUAUGGCAUUCUAGAUUGGGAUAGUUCUAUUUCUACAAUUUGGGGGAAACUGGGGAUUUUUGUAGUACUUGUUUUUUUUUCUUCUCAUAUUUAAAUCUGUUUGUCUCCUACUCACUUUUGAGAUUUUUUCAAUAAAAAUUUAUCAAUUAGCA